UCCCUAACAUAGUGUGCCCUGCGGCCCCUGCCCUACACGUCCCCGUAAGAUAUUCUCCGUAUUUAAACCGCAAAAACCCUAAAUUUUUAGUGUUCUUUCUCAAAACACAGACCUACAGGGCAACACAGCCGUCUCGCUUCUACUCUCGAAAUGGCCAAGCGUAGGGGAGGAACGGCAGGAAGUAAGUUCAGGAUGUCAUUAGGUCUUCCAGUAGCUGCAACAGUGAAUUGUGCUGAUAACACUGGAGCUAAGAAUCUUUACAUCAUUUCUGUUAAGGGUAUUAAGGGUCGUCUUAAUAGGUUGCCAUCAGCUUGUGUUGGUGAUAUGGUUAUGGCUACUGUUAAGAAAGGUAAACCUGAUCUUAGGAAGAAGGUUAUGCCUGCUGUGAUUGUUAGACAACGUAAAGCUUGGCGCCGUAAGGAUGGUGUUUUCAUGUACUUUGAAGAUAAUGCCGGAGUUAUUGUGAAUCCCAAGGGAGAAAUGAAAGGAUCUGCAAUUACCGGACCAAUUGGAAAAGAAUGUGCUGAUCUAUGGCCAAGGAUUGCUAGUGCUGCCAAUGCAAUUGUUUAAGAUUACUAAUAGUUGAGAUUUGAGAAGUCUUGGCAUAAAACUUUUGGGGAUAGAUCUUUUUUAUCUUCUUCUUUUGGGGAUAACAGAACAGUUUUAUAAUAGGUUAGUUAUUCAGAGGAUAUGAGUUAUGUUUUGCUGUUUAUUCGUGAAUCACAAUGCUCAGUUACUUCAGUAAUGGCUUUUGAAGAAUUUUCUUUUACCUCCAUUGAUAAAACUGGCUACAUAUAUAUGCUUAUUAGAGUUAAAGGUUCUAAAC